UUAUCAUUUCUAUUUUGAUUUAGACAAAGAACUUGCAACUUUGCCUCAUUACUAAAAAGUCAUGAAUUUUGUUCAAUUUAUCAACUUUUCAUUAUCAACCACUACUGAUUUGAAGAUGACCCCAGCCUCAUUCUCUGUUGGAAUGUUGUCCAGAAACAUUUUCUAUAUUUUUGAUGUUGUGGUUACUUAGGAGACGGCAUUGAUACAAAUAUAGUUAUUCGUAUAUCUUCAGCUUGAUAUGAUAUGCCUACUCAUGUUAAAUUUUUACAUGGAGAAAUGUCAGCAAAAAUUGCAUGUUUUUGUUUUACAGAAGUAUUAAAUGGAAAAAACUACAAUUUUUCCUAUAUUUAAAGUCUUUUAAUCUCUUUAUAUCAAUUUCAGUAUAUACUAUAUGAGUAUUAUUGAAAGAUUAGUAGAUUGUUUCCAGAUAUUUAAUAAUAGACCCCAUCUCUUUCUGGAAUCUUCUCUUUUCAGUAGACAUUUACUGUUGCAGCCAUCUUUAUUUUAAUGACCCAUCUCCCUCUGUGAUUUCAGACAGUCAGACAAGGUGGUAGACAUUGCUGAUCCAAGCUUUGCCAAUCUGAUUCGCUCUGUUAAAAAAAAAAAAAAGCUUUAGAAACCAGCUAUAAAAUAGUCUCUCUGUUAAGAACUUAACAAGAAAGUAGUAUCAUGUUGGCUAAAUACACAGAAAGAAGCACAGAAAGUCAAUCCACUUAGAGACAAGAAGGAAGGAGGUGCUUAAAGAGUAACCUCGUUGUACAUUUUCCAGCCCCUCUGAAGCCUACUUUCUCCCUUGGGUUUUUGUAAACAAGUGCUCUUUCAAUAAAUUUCCCUCUAAUUAGGAUAGUUAGGUGGGGUUUUUCACUUGUCAAAAACAUGUUUAGAUAUUCUUGUAUGUAUUGAAGCUUAUUAUUAAUUUGAGAUUUUAUAAAUUGUAAUUUUCAUAUUAAUUUAACCAUGUUUCGGUCUAAAGGUUGUGGAAUAUUACUAGUCUAUAAGGGACAAGCACAAUCUUUUGUUGGGCUGUAUAAUUUUGAGAAUUGAUGGAUAUUUCCAAAUUGUACACUUUGUGGAGUGUUUAGUAGAAAUUCUUAUAAGUCUAUUAUAUAAGAGUUUUUAAUAUCAUCAGUGCCAUGAUAGCAUUUAUGUGACAUAACAUUGACAAUGUAAAAUGUGUGUCAAAAAGAUGUAUACCUUUUUUGUAGAAUCAUUAUAGCCUGGUUGUUAUGUUCUUUCAUUUUUAUAAUGUAUCCAUUUGUUUAGAGGGAGCCAGGAUAUUUUACCAUUUAGUGAAAAACAUUAUAGAUCAUUCUGAAUUAUUUCAAAUUACUAUUCAAAAGAGCAUAGAAAAUAGCUACUUGGGAACAUGGUGUCUUGUUUAUCCAGCUCAUAUAACGAACUAGGAUCCCAGCAAAAAAAAAAAAAAAACAUUAGGAGAACUUAUGUGUCAAAAUUUUUAAAUUAUAAUUUAUUCAUUGAUCAAUUCAACAAAUAUUUGUUGAGCAUCUACCAUGUGCCAGGGAUUAGAUGUUGAGGGAUAUAGAGGUGAAUAAAACAAAGUCUGGAACUCAAAAUGACACAGAAAAGAAAUAAUUAAACAUGUACAUAUAUGCUAUAUCACAUGGUGAGCAAUGCUAAGCAGACAAAGCAGGGCAAGGGCUAUAGGAAGUGCCCUCAUAUGCAUUUUCCCAUAGUUUGAGUUUCAUAAAAUCAUAGAUCUCUGACCUUAUGUAGAAAGGGUAUAUAAACUGGAAUUAACUAGUAGCUUUUCCCUUGAUGUUAUUCAACCAGUAAGAACCACAAUUCUGGCACGUAGGCUGCCUAGAAUUUGAAAGAAAAUCUAGAGGAAUUCUUUCUUUUUGCUGAGAAAAUUUUAAGAAAUCACAUAAGUGUAUAUUGUUAUUUUACAAGAUGACUGAUCACUAGUAAGUCUUCUUUCACUUCUCAGUUCUCCUCAGAGCACCACACAGACUACAGGUUCUAGAAGGCAGGAACCACGUUGGGUUGUUUACUGAUGUAUUUAAGAACCUAGUACAUAGAUAUCAAUAAUACUUCUUUGAAUGAAGGAUGAAUAUUAUCAUUGCAUGGUUUUAUGAAUACAUCAUCUCUCCCAAACCAUUUCCAAACUCCCAAUAGAUUAUUGGAAUUACUAAACAGAUAGAUUAUUGGGAUUACUAGAUUAUUACAAGUAUAAUAUAUAUAUCAAGAGAAUACAAUUGUAGCAAUUCUUUUCGAAGACAACGCAUGGUGGCGCUGCAGGCUAAGGUGUCAAAAAAAACAAAAACAAAAAAAGCCCCGGAAAUGCUAUGAACUCAACCUCAGAUCUCUAGCGGACGAGAAAAGCCUGCAAACAGUUCAGGACCUGUAAGUUUCCAGAGAAUGUUAGUCACCGACAUUUCUGGACAGGUUACCAACUGAGAGAUCCAUCACUGUCUCUUUCCCUCGCUACCUAAGGUAGAGCUGGGCCCUGUUCUUGGAAAAGCACUGGUGGAAUAAAGAUGGAGGCCGGAGGGGAGCGCUUACCUAAACAAAGGCAAGUCCUGAUUUUCUUUCUUUUGAUGGGAGUGGCUCUGGCGGGCUGGGAAUCCCGUCGUUAUUCCGUGAUGGAGGAAACAGAGAGCGGCUCCUUUGUGGCCAACCUGGCUAAGGAUCUGGGGCUGGGAGUGGAGGAACUAGCUGCUCGGGGAGCCCGGGUGGUCUCUGAGGAUAACGAACCCCGAUUGCAGCUUGAUCUGCAGACCGGGGACUUGAUACUAAAUGAGAAACUGGACCGCGAGGAAAUGUGCGGACCCACUGAUCCAUGUGUAAUGCAUUUCCAAGUGUUAUUGAAAAAACCAUUGGGAGUAUUUCGAGCUGAGCUACUGGUGAGAGACAUAAACGAUCAUUCUCCUGAGUUUCCCGAAAGAGAAAUGACGCUGAAAAUCCCGGAGAAUAGCGCUCCUGGGACCGUGUUUCCUCUGAAAAAAGCCCAGGACUUGGACGUGGGCAACAACAAUAUCCAAAACUACAAUAUCAGUCCCAAAUCUCAUUUCCACGUUUCCACCCGCAAUCGGGGGGAUGGCAGGAAAUAUCCAGAGCUGGUGCUGGACAAAGACCUGGAUCGAGAGGAGCAGGCCGAGUUCAGGUUAACCCUCACAGCGCUGGAUGGCGGCUCUCCACCCCGGUCUGGCACCGCUCAGGUCCGCAUCUUGGUUUUGGACGUCAAUGACAACGCCCCUGAGUUUGAGCAGACACUCUACCAGGUGCAGGUCCCGGAGAACAGCCCUGUAGGCGCCCUAAUUGUCAAGGUCUCUGCUAGAGAUUUAGACACUGGGACAAAUGGAGAGAUAUCAUACUCCCUUUUUUAUAGUUCUCAGGAGAUAAGCACAACUUUUGAGCUAAACAGCCUUUCGGGAGAAGUUCGACUAAUUAAAAAAUUAGAUUUUGAGACAGUAUCCUCUUAUGAGCUGGAUAUAGAUGCGUCUGAUGGUGGGGGACUUUCCGGAAAAUGCUCUGUUUCCAUUGAGGUGGUGGAUGUUAACGAUAACUCCCCAGAACUAACUAUUUCAUCACUGACCAGCCCCAUUCCUGAAAAUUCCCCCGAGACAGAAGUGGCCCUGUUUAGGACUCGAGACCGAGAUUCAGGGGACAACGGAAGGAUGACAUGCUCCAUUCCAGAUGAUCUCCCCUUCCUCCUGAAACCAUCUGCAGAGAAUUUCUACACCCUGGUAACAAAUGGGGCGCUGGACAGAGAGAACCAAUCCGAGUAUAACGUCACCAUCACCGUUACCGACUUGGGAACCCCCACGUUGAAAACCCAGCACAACAUAACCGUGCUGGUCUUCGAUGUCAACGACAACGCCCCGGCCUUCACCCAAACCUCCUACACCCUGUUCGUCCGCGAGAACAACAGCCCCGCCCUGCACAUAGGCAGCGUCAGCGCCACCGACAGAGACGCGGGCGCCAACGCCCAGGUCACCUACUCGCUGCUGCCGCCACAGGACCCGCACCUGCCCCUGGCCUCCCUGGUGUCCAUCAACGCCGACAACGGGCAGCUGUUCGCCCUGAGGGCGCUGGAUUACGAGGCCCUGCAGGCCUUGGAGUUCCGCGUGGGCUCCACGGACCGCGGCUCCCCUGCGCUGAGCAGCCAGGCGCUGGUGCGCGUGCUGGUGCUGGACGCCAACGACAACUCGCCCUUCGUGCUGUACCCGCUGCAGAACGGCUCUGCGCCCUGCACCGAGCUGGUGCCCAGGGCGGCCGAGCCGGGCUACCUGGUGAGCAAGGUGGUGGCGGUGGACGGAGACUCGGGCCAGAACGCCUGGCUGUCGUACCAGCUGCUCAAGGCCACGGAGCCCGGGCUGUUCGGCGUGUGGGCGCACAACGGCGAGGUGCGCACGGCGCGGCUGCUGAGCGAGCGCGACGCGGCCAAGCACAGGCUGGUGGUGCUGGUCAAGGACAACGGCGAGCCGCCGCUGUCGGCCAGCGUCACGCUGCACGUGCUGCUGGUGGACGGCUUCUCGCAGCCCUACCUGCCGCUCCCGGAAGCGGCGGCCGACCCGGCCCAGGCCGACCCGCUCACGGUCUACCUGGUCAUCGCGUUGGCGUCGGUGUCGUCGCUCUUCCUGUUCUCGGUGCUGGCGUUCGUCGCGGCGCGGCUGUGCAGGAGGGGCAGGGCCGCCUCGUUGGGUGGCUGCUCGGUGCCCGAGGGCCACUUUCCGGGCCACCUGGUGGACGUCAGCGGUACUGGGACCCUUUCCCAGAGCUACCAGUAUGAGUUGAACACAAUACUUCAAGUUGAAAAGAGAGAUCUGGCAACCAUGAGGAAGAAAGCUAAAGAAAUCUGGCACAAGCCAUAAGGAGACUGCUAGAGUAUUAUAUCCAGCAAGACUGAUUCCGAAGGGAACUCCUCCUAAUAAGAAAGAAGUUCGAGUGGUACAUCUGACUGUUCACUUUUCCUGGAAAGAAAGAUGGCCAGAGAAGACAGUAAUGACACCAUAGCAGUUUCCAGACUUGGUAGCAGUCUCCAGACUUGGAACCGAAGACUCACCCUACUGUGUGGCCUUUUUGUGACCAAAUGGGCAAUGAAUCUGAGAAGGUUCCCAUGUCUGGUGCCAAGGAGACAGGAAAGGCUUUUUGUGGGCAACAUCUCCAAGAACCUGGAUCGGGGAACUUCAGUCCUGGCUAGAGAAGAGUCUGUCUGCCAUUUCUCCAAAGGCAGAAAGGAGCCUUUCCUCCAAAUGCACAAAAGAGCCAUUUCUAUGUAAAUCAGCAAAUAGAGAAGUUAUGCGGACAGAUGCCCUAGUUAAUGUCUGCUGAGAGUCCAGCUUGCCGAGGAGGAGCCAGUGAAAAUCUUUAGGCUGGAGUAGAAAUACUCACUAUAUAGACAAAUAUCUGGAUGAAUUGAUACCUUUUCUGGGGACAUAUUUUUUCACCCACAGAAUGUGCAGGAUUGUUAAGAGAGAUCAAUUUUCUACAAAACUACUUACCCACCUGU